UUAAUAAAGAGGAAAGAGAGAGAAAAAUAAAAGUCAGAUAGAAACGAAGAAGUAUCUAACCCUAACCCUCGAGUUCGUAGAAGCUGCACACACAACCCUCCAUUACAACGGAAUAUUACAUCUCUCUUCCUACAUUCAUAUUCAUCCAUUCCAGUUUUCUAUAGGAAAUUACAAUUUCGAAUAUCUUAUAUCUAGCAUCAAUUCAAUUUACUUCUCUCAAUUCGGGGAGCAGAUACGAAGAAGAGUGAGAGAAUAUAAACUGAAGGUUUUCUCGACAAGAUCGUGAAGUUGGAUCUUCCAGAAAUUUGAAGGAUUAUAAUCUACAGCGAUUGAUGGAGCUACGAGGUUGUAGUCAAUUUCACUUCAUUGCAGUAAUCAAAGGUGGUGGAGUAAUAAAAACUCUCAACAUUGCUCAAGGAAAGACAAGGCCCAAGUACAUGAACAUUGAAGAUAUAUAUUCAUCCUGUGACUCAAAAUCUUGUGAUUCACUUGCAAAAUAUCCUCCAAAAGUCGACAGAUCACUGGCGACCUCUUGUGAUUUUGAUAAAGUAAAGACUGAGGUUAAAAUUGAAGAAGUCGAUAAUGAGCUGGAUUUUGAUGCAGUUACAUUGAGACAGCUUAAGCACAUUUGCAAAUCCCACAAAAGAAAAGCUUCUAGAUCAGUUUAUUUGACAACUAUUAAACAAGAAGUCAGUGACCUUCAACUUGCAGCUGAUGAGCUUUGCUUGAAGGAAACUCUUGGCAGCUGGAAGCGCAAGGUGCUUAUGAAAACAAAAGCUAAGAAGAAAGGCAUCGUUAAGUCUCGUUCUAGGUCUUCUACAACUUGCGAUGUAGGCGGUAGAUUACAGGAAACACCUACUAAUCUAACUUCACUUGAUACCAGCAAACACUGUAAGCCCCCGGAUGUUAAAGCUGAAUAUGCUGAACAUGAUAGCUUGAAUCUCAGUGAUGACCCUGGAAAUUUGAGAAGUGACACUGUUGGAGCUGUUGAAUACGGGUGCCCAGUUCAGGAUCCAAUGUUACGGUAUUUGGGAAAAGAAUGCUUGGAUCAGUUGUCCCAUGAGAAUCCAGUGCAGCCUUUAUCGAUAGGAAAGUCAACCUGUUGUCUCAAUCAAGUUUCAUACGAACAUCUGGAUUGUGCUGAAGUUAAGAAUCCACUUAAUUCUGAAAAUUCAAAGAUUGAAGUGACUAUAGAGGUAGAUAAUUCAGUAGUUAUUGGUGACCAUUCUUUGAAUUUUUGUGGUUCAGAAGAACCCAGAGGAGAGGCAGGCAUAACUGAUAUUAUGACAUGUGAUGAGCCUACAGAAACAGUUUUACUUGGACAUGAUAGCUCUGAUAUGAAAGUCGAUAAAAUCAAUUAUCUUCAUGUUCCAAGUCCACAUCAACUUCCACCUAAUGGAGAUACUUCAGAGGCACAUAUUCCUUGUAUGGUUCCGUGUAAUGAUUCUCAAAGUAUUGGUGAAGCAGUGGCUCUUUGUAAUGUUUCUCAACAUAUUGGUGAAGCAAUUGAGUUAAUGGAUGACAACAGAGACAUUAAAGAAGCCAUGAGAAGUGCUGCCUCAAAUUGCAAUUUAAUUUCUAAAUUUGAUAUAUGUUUGCCUCCAGUUAAUGAUAUGUCUUCCCUAGAUAACACUGUAUCUGCAGUUGAAGAUAAACAAUUGCCAGUACUUGAUGUUAGUACCGAAGAGAUGCCGACAUCUCCGGCGAGUCUUAAGAGUAACUGUCACAAUUCAGAAUUUAGUAAUAAUGGUGAAGCUGGUAGAUCUAUGGUUAACAAUCUGAUUACUGAAGAAAAAUCAAUAAGAAGACUCCCUGAAAAUUGUGAUGUAGCACUGCAAAACAAGGAAUGUUUGCCCUUGGUCACUAGUAUCAAAUCCUUGCACAAUGUUACAUCUGGAGUUGAGGACAAUGAAUCAUUGAUGCUUGAUAAUGCUGCCGCCCCUCUAACCUGUUUUGCUGAUAUACGGCCUUCCAAUGAUAUGGACCAACAUAUUAAAUCAGCAGCUAGUAAAGGGUGCUACGAGAACAAGCUGGAGCAGCAACCUCCUGAAAGACUCUUCUCAGCCAGAAAGAUGAUUUCUCCAGAUUCUAAGGAAAGGCUGUGCAGGGCUAUGAAUUGCACUGAAACACAAGAUGAUACUAGCAUUCUUCCCUGUAGGGAAAAUCUGCUCUUUGAGAAGAUUUGUGUGGAUACGUCUUCAAGGUCAAAUCUUGAGAAAACUCGAAUCAUGUUUACAUCAAAAAGGCUGGAGGCUUUACGUACGGCUGAGAACAGAAGCAGUAGUUGGAAAACACUAAAGAAAGGAAGAUAUGAGAGGAAACUUUCUGUUAUAAAUGGCACUGUUAAUGGUCUACAUGCUUCUCCUUUAUUAGUACAUGCUCCCAGUACAUGCAGUACUUCUCAAAGUUGCUCACAAAAUGCUAUAGCAUUCUCAAAGCAGCAGAUGGUUGAUAGUGAACGCCUUGCAAUAAAGCUUUUGUCGGAACUGCAGUCGAUGAAAGAAAUGGUUGUAGAUACAUUGCACUCUGAUCCUCGGACGUGUACAACAUCAAGAUACAACGCAGACAAGGCCAGAGUAGCAGUUGAGAAUGCUAAAAAGGUGGAGGAAACAACAAAGAGGUGGUUGUCUAUGAUGGCAAGGGAUUGCAAUCGUUUUUGCAAAAUCAUGGAAUUAUCCGAAACAAAUGGUGCUUCUCCUGAAAAGAGCAAUAUUGAGCAUAUUCUAGACUCAAAGAUAUGCAAUGAUCCCAUCUUGGAUACAGAAGAGGAUGAACAAAAACUUUCUCCUACAAGUCGCAAAGUGAGAAAGAUCAUCUUUGCUGAUGAAGCUGGAGAAAGCUUAUGUCAUGUCAAGGUUUUGUAGGACUACUUGGUUUAAAUAUGCCAUGUGAAAGGAGAAAGCAUAGGAUGUGUAUGUACAAAGUAUAUUGUAAUUGUAAGUGUAAUGUUGGAUGACUUAUGUCUCUAGACUCAACCACAAGCUGGCUUGAUUAGCCUUCUCACCAAGAGGGCCUUUGAUAAUCUUUUGACUUUUAUAUUUUGGCAGCCCAUUUUGUCAUUGUAUGAAAAUCAUAUGUUUUUAUA